UGGGAAAUGCGUGCGUCCCGGGCGAGGGGGCAUUCUGGGAGUUCAUGCUGCGCCCGGGCUGCCCGGCCGCCGCUCUAAGCGUCUCGGGCCGCUGCGCCUCCGGCUCCGGCUCCCGCGGCGCGCCCCCGGGGACUCCCCGUGCCCGUGGCGGAGGCCAUGACCGGAGAGAAGAUCCGCUCGUUGCGGGGGGACCACAAGCCCAGCAAAGAGGAGGAGGGGGACCUCCUGGAGCCGGAUGAGGAAGCGGCGGCUGCCCUCGGCGGCGGCGGCGGCACCUUUCCAGGGGACAGGCUGGGCACCAGCGGCGGCGGCAAGGGCGGCAAAGCCUGCCAUCGGAUCUUCAGUAACCACCACCACCGGCUGCAGCUGAAGGCAGCUCCGGCUGCCUCCAACCCCGCCGGCGCCCCGGCUUUGCCGCCGCACAGUCCUUCCGUGACCCCCAGCUCCCAGCACCCCGCUGCUCUCGCGGGCACCGGUCCCGUUGCUGCGGUCGCCGAUGGAGGUGGUUGCCCCGCGCACUACCCUGUGCACGAGUGCGUCUUCAAGGGGGAUGUGAGGAGACUGUCCUCGCUCAUCCGCACUCAUCACAUCGGGCAGAAAGAUAAUCACGGAAACACUCCUUUACAUCUUGCUGUGAUGUUAGGAAAUAAAGAAUGUGCCCAUUUACUUUUGGCUCACAAUGCUCCAGUAAAAGUGAAAAAUGCUCAGGGAUGGAGUCCUCUGGCGGAAGCCAUUAGCUAUGGAGAUAGGCAAAUGAUUACAGCACUUUUAAGGAAACUUAAGCAGCAAUCCAGGGAAAGUGUUGAAGAAAAACGACCUCGAUUAUUAAAAGCCCUGAAAGAGCUAGGUGACUUUUAUCUAGAACUUCACUGGGACUUUCAAAGCUGGGUGCCUUUACUUUCCCGAAUUCUGCCUUCUGAUGCAUGUAAAAUAUACAAACAAGGUAUCAAUAUCAGGCUUGACACAACUCUCAAAGACUUUACUGACAUGAAGUGCCAGCGAGGGGAUUUAAGCUUCAUUUUCAAUGGGGAUGCAGCGCCCUCUAAAUCUUUUGUAGUAUUAGACAAUGAACAGAAAGUUUAUCAGCGAAUACACCAUGAGGAAUCAGAGAUGGAAACAGAAGAAGAGGUUGACAUUUUAAUGAGCAGCGAUAUUUACUCUGCAACUUUGUCAACCAAAUCAAUUUCUUUCACCCGUGCCCAAACAGGAUGGCUCUUUCGGGAAGAUAAAACAGAAAGAGUAGGAAAUUUUUUGGCAGACUUUUAUCUGGUGAAUGGACUUGUUUUGGAAUCAAGGAAAAGAAGAGAACAUCUCAGUGAAGAGGAUAUUCUUCGAAAUAAGGCCAUCAUGGAGAGUUUGAGUAAAGGUGGAAACAUAAUGGAACACAAUUUUGAGCCAAUUCGAAGACAGUCUCUUACCCCUCCUCCUCAGAACACUAUUACAUGGGAAGAAUAUAUUUCUGCUGAGAAUGGAAAAGCUCCUCAUCUGGGUAGAGAACUAGUGUGCAAAGAGAGUAAGAAAACGUUUAAAGCUACAAUAGCCAUGAGCCGAGAAUUUCCUUUAGGAAUUGAGUCAUUAUUGAAUGUUUUAGAAGUAAUAGCUCCCUUCAAGCACUUUAACAAACUUAGAGAAUUUGUUCAGAUGAAGCUUCCUCCAGGCUUUCCUGUAAAAUUAGAUAUACCCGUGUUUCCCACGAUCACAGCCACUGUGACGUUUCAGGAGUUUCGAUAUACUGAAUUUGACAGUGCAAUCUUCACUAUUCCUGAUGACUACAAGGAAGAUCCAAGCCGCUUUCCUGAUCUUUAACUGACCUGGAAAAUGAUUUCAAGGACAGCAAGAGAAUGAAGGGACCCCAGAACUGGAUCCAAAUAGAAAGGAUCGACUCAGCGAAGAGAAAGGGAAUCAAAGACAUUGAUUUGACAUAUCACUCACAAGACAAAUGAAAUGGGCAUCUAAUAAGAAUUUCACCAUUUAUUGAUGUGGUAUUUUGUCUUUUAAAAAAUUUACAUAACAAAGCGUAAUAGUGACACCUUAAUAGCCCUAAUACCUUCUCCUGUAACAGCUAAGAGUGCUGGCUGUGAUUUGUUUUUAAAAAUUUUUACACUUGUUGAAAUAUAUAUAUGCAUAUAAAAAAAUAUAUAGAACACUCCAGGACCAUUAACAUAAAUUAAAUGUCUUAAGAUAUGAAGUCCUUUUAAACCUGUCAUCUUAUAUUCAAGGUGAUAUUUAUAAAUAUUCCUUCAAGCUUUGUUUUCAUAAAAUAUAAACUGUAACAUUAUGUAUAUUUCAGUAAUCUGAAUGUUUGUUCAAUAUAAUGAACUAGAAGGAAUGCAAUUUUCUGUAGAUGAAUGAACCAAAUGGUAACCAUUAAACAGUUGCAUUUAUACGUUG